AUGCCUGUAUCAAUUAGUCAACUAGUCAAGCUACAGUCUCAAACAGACAAUAUCCGAAACAUUUGCAUACUAGCACAUGUUGAUCACGGCAAAACCACAUUAUCAGAUUCCUUACUCGCAUCGAAUGGUAUUAUUUCCUCUAAACUUGCUGGCAGAGUACGGUAUCUCGAUAGCCGAGAAGACGAGCAAGAACGAGGGAUAACCAUGGAAGCGAGCGGAAUAUCACUCUACUUUAAAGUCUUACGAAUUGGCGCAGAAGAACGUUCUGAUGAAUAUCUCAUAAAUCUUAUUGAUUCCCCCGGACACGUUGAUUUUUCCAGCGAGGUGUUUACAGCUUCAAGGCUGUGUGAUGGUGCCCUGAUACUAGUUGAUGUGGUUGAGGGCGUUUGUACGCAGACACACACGGUCCUCCGACAAGCAUUAAUAGAGAAUGUUCGGCCAGUCUUGGUCCUCAACAAAAUUGAUCGCUUGAUUACAGAAUUAAAACUUACUCCAAUGGAAGCUCAUAUUCAUCUGAUAAAAGUACUUGAGCAAGUAAAUGCAGUUAUGGGAACUUUUUAUGCUGGAGCUAUGCUUGAGGAAGAGGGCAGGCGGCAGGAAGCUGCACAGACUGAGGACAAGGAUGGCAACAAAUCUCUUCAAGAUGCUUCAGAAGAUUUAUUUGAAGAACGAGAUGAUUCGAAUAUAUAUUUUGCACCCGAUGCAGGGAAUGUUAUAUUCUGCAGUGCCAUUGAUGGCUGGGCAUUCAGAGUAGAACAAUUUGCCCGAAUCUAUGCUGCCAAGUUAAAUGUCAAGGAGAGCCUGCUCCGUAAAGUGCUCUGGGGUGAUUAUUAUCUUGAGCCAAAGACAAAACGAAUCUUGUUGCAGAAACACUUGAGAGGUCGUCAAUUGAAGCCCAUGUUUGUGCAGUUUGUAUUGGAAAAUAUUUGGAAUGUUUACGACGCAGUAGUACUUAACAACAACCGCGAAAAGAUCGAGAAAAUAGUAAAGGCGCUUAAUCUAAAAGUUCUGCCACGAGAUAUGCGGUCAAAUGACACGCGAUCAUUAUUGACAACAAUAUUCGGCCAAUGGCUUCCUCUGUCCCCAGCACUCCCAUCUCCAAAAGCAGCUCAACCAAUACGUCUUCCUCGAUUGAUAUACCCGCACAGUGACAAAAUCGAAACGCCCAAAGAUGACGUUGAAAGCAAACUAUACUCGUGCGAUACAAGUGAUUCCGCCCCAGUCGUUGCAUUUGUAUCAAAAAUGUUUGCCGUUCCAUCGGCAUUAUUGCCCGAGAAUAGAAGGAGGCAAUUUACAGCCGAAGAAUUGAGAGAAAAUGCAAGAAUACGGAGAGAGAGAAGAUUAGCAGAGACUAAUUCUGUUACAGAAGGAGACAACGAUGUAGCGAAUAGCGACGUCACGAAAACAACCAAGACUGAAGAAAGUGAUAUUAAAAGGACAGCAGAGUCAGACGGUGUUACGGAAGAUGACGAAACGGAUGGGAAAGAAGACUCUCCGAAAGUGGCAUUUAUUGGAUUUGCCAGAUUAUAUUCGGGGAAGAUACGUGUAGGUCAAAAACUAUACGUACUCGGCCCAAAAUUUGAUCCUGCAUAUCCCGACAGAUAUUCCUCUGAAAUAACUGUGGAGAGUCUGUAUCUGAUGAUGGGUCGGGAGCUUGAAAGCUUACAAGAAGUUUCGGCAGGGAAUGUAUUUGGUAUUGGUGGAUUAGAAGGACAUUUGUUGAAGAAUGGAACAAUAAGUAGCACAAAGAAAUGUCAUAAUUUUGUUGGGAUUGGUUUGAAGACUGCGCCUAUAGUUCGUGUUGCGCUUGAGCCAGCUGAUCCAUCCGAGAUGUCAAAGCUUAUUGAAGGACUACGUUUACUAAACCAAGCUGAUUCGUGUGUCGAGGUACUCAUACAAGAGACUGGAGAGCAUGUCAUCUUUGCCGCUGGCGAAGUACACCUUGAGAGGUGUCUUAGAGAUCUUCGAGAACGAUUUGCCAAGAUUGAAAUCCAAGUAUCGUCACCAAUUGUCCCAUUUAGAGAGACUAUUGCGCCUGUUGCAGAUUCAACUCCUUUAAAAGAUCCUUUGACUCCUCGAGGACAGAUUACAAUGUCUACUACCAGUAAACAAUGCACGCUCAAGAUACGUGCCGUUCCAUUACCAACAAACAUAAUGGAAUUUCUUGACCAGCAUGUACUUACAAUAAAAUCCAUGGUAGAGGAACAACAGCAUAAGAAAACUGGUAAGAAUGAUAACGAGGAUAUGGAUGAGGCCUUGAAGGGAGUUGCUGUUAAGGGCCAGAAAUCGUUAAAUGCGGAUGAGUUUUUCGAGUUGUUGGAAAAGGAGUUUGAUAAGGCUGGGGAUAACGACCUAUGGAAAGGAGUUGUUGACAGGUGA